AUGUCCUCGUUCUUUUACACAGAAGUCCCCGAGGAGAUUCAGGAGCGGCGAGAUUUAUGCGCGUUGAUUCGCCUGUGUGAAGAAGGUGGUGGUGAUGAAGCGUUGGAUGCGUCAAAUUCGUCGGAAAAGAUGAUUUCCUCUUUGCUCGAGAAGAAACCGUCGCUGGUUUCGAUGGAGAUGCACGGCGUGACGCCGUUACUCGCCGCAACUUUUGCGAAUAAUUUAAAACUGAUCGAUGUUUUGUGUCAAUUUGCCGAACAUCACGGCGAAGGUGGCGAAGGUUUCGUGGAGUACGAAUCCAUCGCGAACGACCAGACGGCACUGAUCGCUGCGAGCGCGAUGGGGUACGAAAAAGCGGUGAAAAAAUUGUGCGAAGAAUACAAAGCGGACGCGAAUAGAAUCACGAAAAUCGGAGGGAGAACGGCGAUGAUGGCAGCGUGCGAAAACGAUAAACCAGAGAUUGUGGUUUUAUUGAAGGAGAAGUUCGGGGCGGAUGUGAAUUUGGAGGUGCGGAAGAGUUCGCGCGUUCGAGACGACGACGACGACGAAGAAGAAGAAGAAGAACUUUUUUACUCGAACGCGACGUUACACGCGUGCGCGAAUAACUCCGUGGCAUCUAUACACGCUUUGCAUCAUUGCGGUGCCAAUUUGGAUUUUGAAAACGAGAAAGAGCUGUUUCCUAUUUUAGUAGCCAGUCAAAGCGGAGCGACGGAAGCGGUAGAGGCGUUGGUCGCGCUCGGCGCGGAUGCCAACGCGUGGGGGAUGACGACGGGCGUGUCGCCGCUAUUGGUUGCGGUUAUGGCGAAAGAUGAAAAGACGGCGAAAGUUUUAGUCGAACAAGGAAAGGUGGAUGUGAACGUGUGCGGUCCGUUAGGACGGACCAUCUUUUGCGAAUCCGCCGCGCGAGGCGACGUGGACGCGAUGAAGUUAUGUAGAAAACUCGGAGGACGAUUGACGUUGGAAACGCACACCGGGAGGACGCCGUUACACGACGCUGCGGUUUUUAACAACGCAGAAGCAUGCGCGUGGUUGUGCGAACGCGGUGCGAGAGUAGAUAGGGAAAACGCGCUCGGCGAAACGGCCAUGUCCGAAGCGGCGUUGCACGGCGCCGCAGACGCCAUGCGGUUUUUGAAAGCCAAAGGCGGGUCGGUAGAUUUUGAAACGAGCACGGGCGUGAUGCCGAUUUUAAACGCGAGUUUGAGCGAGCACACGACGAAGGCGUUGAAGUUCUUAGUUACGGAGUUGAAAGCAGAUCCGAAGAAACGCAACAGAUUUGGUGAAAGUUGUUUGACGGUCUGUUCGAGAGAAAACAACGUGAAGGGAAUUAAAGCGUGCGUGGAAGUUUUCGAUAUGAACGUAAACGACGAUAACGAAGGCACGGGCGAGUUACCGUUAGUUUCUGCAGCGAGAGGAGGUGCAAUCGACGCCGUUUGGAAGUUGUGCGAGUUAGGUGCCGACGUGAAUAAAAUUGCCAAGAAAACAAAUGAUUUCGCGCUCGGCGUGGCGGCGAAAAACGCGUUUUGGCGCGUUUGCGCCGAGUUGUAUAAGAAAGGCGCGGAUGUGUUUUUAGAAAACGCUAUUCACGAAACACCGUUACACUGCGCGGCACUGAGCGACGACGAAGAUACGAUUGCGUGUUUGCUCGGCCAGUGCGGUGCUGUGGUUGAUCAUCAAAACGAACUCGGAGAAACGGCGUUAUAUUUUGCCGCUCGAGGGAAUAAAGUAAACGCUACGCUGGCAUUGUUGUCGCACGGCGCUGCGGAUGGCUUGACAACACAUGAGUCUGCUUACACGCCUUUGAUGAUUGCUAUUGAAAACAAAAAUAUCGAAUGCGUGGAGGUUUUGCUAGAAGCUGGAGCGAGCGCUCUACAAGUAGACGCGACGAACGAAACGGCUGCGAUGAAAGCCGCGAGAGCGCAGAAUUGCGACGCGUUGCGAAGGAUCAUCGAAAUUGUAGACACCGAAUCCGAUUUGCACAAGUAUUUAUCCAUUGAAUCUACGACUGGUGAAACAGCGUUAACUAUAGCGGCCAAAUUGAAUUACGUGGAUGUUGUAGAAGUUUUACUCGACGUCGAUGCGACUUUGUUGACACAAGAAACGACCGCGACUUCGCAAACGGCGUUAGUAGCCGCCGUGGACGGAGACGCAGUUACGACGUUGGAGUUUUUCUUCUCUCGUCUGCUCACUGCGGGUGACGAGGGCGACGCCACGUUGAAGAAAAUUGCAAAAGAUAUCGUCGACUACGAAAAUAAAGUUGGACAUACGGCGUUAAUUAAAGCGUGUUUGCUCGGCCACCAGGAUUGUGCGCGAGUUCUACUCGACGCAAACUUGUGCGAUGUGAACCGAGAAUCUCGAGUACCAGCUGGCGAGGCGAGCAUCACGUUGACGCCACUUCUUGCCGCAAUUGAAGGUAAAAACGCGCGUCCGAUUGUAUCCGGUUUGUUCGAGAAAGGAUGCGAUAUCAAUUAUACGAACCGAGAUGGGGUUACCGCUGUCAUGCACGCAGCGAGUUUAGGCCGGACGCAAAUCAUCGUUUCCCUCGCCGGCUACGGCGGCGAUGUGAAUCAAGCGACGCUAAAGUCGAUGAGCGAAGAAACUCGAUCAUCGAGUGUAGAAGAAGUAAAAGCGAUCAAAAUAGAAGAACCAUCGACGAGUGAGCAGCGCUCAGUUUUGCCAAAUGUUUCACGAAACUCAGCUUUAAUCGCUGCUGUUUUGAGCAAAAGUUACGAUAUCGUUGAAUCUCUGAACCGUUCGGUCGCAGAGCGCGACGUUGAAGUAAACAGCACAACUGCGCUCAUUACCGCCGUUGAAAACGCAGUAGAUGAAAAGAUGGUCAAGUUACUCGUAACACUCGGUGAAGACCCGGCGUUUGAAACCAGCGAUGGUCGCACGCCGUUAUCCGUGGCUUUUAUGAGUGGAAAGUAUGACAUUGCAAAGUUUUUGUUGAAGCAACAAUCGAAAACGCGAGGAAAAUUGAACAUCGACUCGCAAAAUCGUGACGGCUUGACAGUUCUGUCCAUUCUCACUUUAGCUGGGAAGAACGAUAGUAUCAGAGCGAUAUGCGCGAUGCCUUUCAGUGCUAAUCCGAAUCUUGUAGAUAGAAAUGGUCGAACGGCUUUGACCUUAGCGGCUCGAUAUGCGAACGAGGCUAGAGCUGGACCGUUUCCGUGCGUCUGGCGCAACGGCGAUAAAACCCUUCGAGUUGACCCGAAAACGACGUUUGAAGCUCUCCUUUCAGCAGGCGCUAAGCUUGAUCAAGAAACACCGUUACCGCACGCGUAUAGCGUGAUUCAUGAAGCGGCAAAGUAUUGCAAAGACAAAAAUACGAUUAGUAUUCUGAUCGAAUUAGGCGCCGAUCCGAACGCGAUCGAUAGCCUCGGGUUCACGCCGCUCAUGAGGGCGGUAGAAUUCGGGAAUCUCGCCGCGUGUGAGGGGUUGUGCGAACAUCCGAAGACGGAGAAAGAUAAAGUUUUACCUAGAAAAGAUGCGAGAAGAACGUCACAAGGAAUGGAGUGCGCCGCAUCGCAUUCCGCUUUAACUUUAGCGGCUACGGUGGACGAUCCGAACAACGUCGUCAAGAAAUUGCUCGAUCUCGGGUGCGAUUACGAACGCGAAACACUCGAUGGUGAUAUCGCCAUUUACUUUGCCGCGAAUGGUGGGAAUUUAAGUGCCAUUUGUGCGCUACUCGCCACUCAAACCAUGGCCAAGAAAAGCUUACACGCUACGAUUCUUUGUCGAAUCGCGUCUGGAGAUGCAUCGGCGGCGGAGCCGUGUCGUACAAUGCUCUCGUUCCCUAACACCAUCGAUAGUGAAGUUGAGUGCCCAAUUCAAAAGCAAACUGCGAUUGUUUCUGCGUGUUUUAACGGUCACGAAGAGAUCGUGCAGGCUUUAGUAGAAUCUGGAGCGAGAUUAGAUAGUUUUGGGUCGAACGGCAUUGUGCCAAUCGUCGCGGCUAUUCGCCGAAAGCGACAUUCGCUCGUGAACUAUCUCAUUUCGAAAAAAUGCGAGAUUAACAUGAUACCUACUGCGUUUGAAUCGCCUUUGAGAGCUGCCGUAAAAGGGGACGAUAGCGUGUCUAUAAACGCUUGUUUAAACGCAGGUGCAGAUAUUGAAGAGAUUGAUGCGGCUGGUUUAUCGUUGCUUCAAGAGGCGGGUCGAUUAGGUAAUAUUUUUGCGCUAAAAACGCUCAUCGCUCGCGGCGCGGCGGUGAAUAAGGAAACGCCUCUUGGCUCGGCGCUCAUCGUCGCCUCGCUUGCAAAACAAAUUGAAUCUAUCGAAGUGCUGAAAUCUUUUGGAGCAAGAUUAGACGCGGAGACGUCUAACGAUGAUGUAGUCCAAAUAGUCGCGGCGACGGUGAACGAUUCUGAACUUCUGCGGAAGCUGAAUCAGCUCGGUGCGACGAUGAACUUUGAAACCAGAGAUGGGCGAACGCCCUUGAACGUCGCUUCGCGAGAAGGAAACGUCGAUGCCAUCACAACUGCUUUAGAUUCCGGAGCGACCGUAGAUUAUGAAAAUAGAUUUGGUGAAACCGCUUUAGUGUUCGGUAUUCACGCUGAGCGCGAGGAAACGUGCAAAAUUUUGCUCGAGCGAGGAGCCAACAUCAAUUUUGAGAACACAAAAGGCGAGACCUUUUUAAUGAUGGCGGCUAAGGAGAACGACGUGAAAAAAUGCGAACGAUUGGUCAGCAAGGGCGCAUUGAUUGAUAAAGUGUCUAAUAAGCACGGAUUCACCGCGCUCAUGCGCGCAGCUGAAUUUGGAUCGGUCGAUGCCGCAAGAUUUUUAAUCGACAAAGGGGCGAAGCUCUACGCCGAAGCGACGAAAGGGAGAAACGCGCUUUCUGUGGCGCUGGAAAAGGGCGAAGUUGAAAUUUUAAAACUUCUCGCGCGCGCUGGCCACGAAAUCGAAGCGGAAAACUCGCAGAGACUCACGCCGCUCUGCGUGGCAUCUGCCAUGGGUGAUUUACGCGCAAUGGCGUGUCUGUUAGACCUUGGCGCAAUCGUCAAUAAGGAAUCUUCAGCCGGCGUGACACCGCUAUGCGCCGCGAGUGAAAAGGGGCGUGUGGAUGCUAUUCACUUACUUUGCGAUCGUGGUGCUGCUCUUGACUACGAAUGUGAAGUGUCGGGCGUGACUGCGCUCAUCAUGGCUGCGAAGAACGGUCGUCCGGCAGCUAUUAGGACACUCGUCGAGCGCGGCGCGAGUGUCGACUUGGAAUCGUUCAAAUUAGGAAUGACUGCGCUCGGCGCAGCCGCUAUAUCUGGCGCAUUUUCUUCCGUACACGCUUUGAACCAAGUUAACGCGAGCGUGAACUAUGUCGGAGAAUCGAACGGGAAAACUGCGCUCAUACACGCAGCGGAAUAUGACGACCCGGAAGCCAUCUCCGUGUUAUUAGAAGUGAACUGCGCGAUUGAUUUUGUCUCUGGAUUUGGUGCCAGUAACCGUCACUGCGCGCUGACUGCUGCGGCAAAAGUUGGCGCCUUGAAAUCGCUUCAAUUCCUUCUCAACAACAGUGCGAAUUCAUCCGUGGAACCAACGAUUGGUCGAACUGCGCUCAUUGAGGCUGUCGACAAUAAUCAACUAGAAGCGGUUGCGUUCUUGGCGACAGCUCUGAAAGAGAAAGAUUACGAAACCUCCGCGCGAUACACCGCUUUAGUUAAAGCCGCAAUGAAUGAAAAUAUAGAGGCAAUCAAAGUGUUGAGAAAGUGUGGUGAAGACAUGAACUAUGAAACCUCCACUGGAGAUACAGCUUUGAUCGUUGCCUCUCGACUUGGGAACGUGGCGAUGGUUGAAGAGCUUCUGGUACCUUCUGAUGACGAAAGUUUAUCUAACGAGGCCACUAAAACGGACGUCUGUCGAAGAGUGAGUGCCGUCGAUUACGAGUCUGUUAGGAACGGCGAGACUGCGUUGAUUGCGGCUACUUUGAAUAAUCACAUAGAUUGUAUCAAAUUUCUUCGUCGCGAAGGUGCCGUUUUCGACCGCUUCAACCACCGCGGAUGCACCGCGCUUUUCACUUGCUGCGAAUCGCAAGAUACCACAGUCGAGGUUCUUGAGUCUCUCUUAUCGAACGGUUGCAGUGCUGACGUUCGACGCAACGGUACUGAAGCAUCGCCUUUGUUCAGCGCCGCGGAAAGUGGGAGAAAUGAUUUUGUUUCCUUAUUGAUUCAACGAGGGGCGGAUAUCGAGCACGUCGACUCAAAGACUGGUUUGAAUGCGCUCGCUGUUGCGAUUCAAAACGACCGCAUUUCCGUAGUCCAAACUUUAGUAGAUGCAAACGUGAACGUAGGUUUUGAGUUACGCUCAGGGGAAACUGCUUUGACACUAGCCGUUCGUUUUGGACGCGCGACCAUUUUAGAAAUCUUAGUAAGCGCAAAGAGAAAGUGCGACGUGAACAAAGAAACGUCCACCGGCAUAGUGCCCUUGCAUUUAGCCGCAUCGACGGGAAGAUUCGAAUGCGUAGACGUUCUCGCCAAAGCAUACGAAGCUGAUGUAAACUUUGAGUCGAAGAUCUUCAAAGAAACGGCGUUGAUUUGUGCCACCAAAAGCGGCAACUCGGAGAUGUGUAGGCGACUCGUCGAAUCUGCAGGCGCGGAAGUAGAUUUUGUGACUAAAUCAGACGGUCUUUCCGCACUCAUGGUAGCCUGCUCCAUCAACGAACCUGAUGUUAUUAGAACCUUAAUUGAUCUCGGGGCGGAUCCAGAACUUGAAGAUGAGAUAGUUUCGAAGCAAACGGCGCUUCAAGCUUGCGUGAAAGCGAGUGCGAUUGAUAGCAUUGUCGCCUUGAUUGAGUGUGGCGCUGAUCCAAACUUCGAAGCGUCUUCCACUGGAUUCACGGCACUUCUCACUGCCGCGGAGUUGAACUUGCCGCGGUGCUGUAAAACACUCGUCGCACUCGGCGCCGAUCCGAACUACGAGACGAAGGCUCGUGGUUUCACUGCGCUUACGAUUGCGGCAGCCUCCGCUUCGCAUGACGCCAUUAAACAUUUGAUUGCCUUGGGUGCAUCGGUAAAUAACGAAGACGCUAAGUACGGGCGCACGGCAUUGAUUUCUGCCGCUAUUGGCAUCGAAGACGAUGAGUUAUGUGCUGCGACGUGCGAGUUGCUUGUCCAAGAAAAUGCACAAAUCGAUCUUGAGGCGAACUUCGCGAUGUCGCCGGAGAUGUCCAAAAGACCGCAAACUGCGCUCAUGAGCGCAGCUGGAAGCGCAAAGUACAGAACGAGGGAAUUAACUAUGCGUAGACUCGUAUUUCUUGGCGCAAAGCUCAACUUUGAAACCGUGGAAGGCGGCACUGCCGUACUCUUUGCUAGCCUCGAGAAGAAUUUCGAAAACCUAGACAUACUCGUCAAGGCUUUGGGUGCCGACGUCGACCUUGAGAACAAGUUCACGUUGACUCCGUUAAUGUCGUGCUUAGAAUACGAUUUAUACGAAUCAUGCGCGAAACUGUUAAAGCUUGGCGCAGAUCCAUUGAAGGAAAACCGCCUCGGACAUCACGCCAUGUCUGUCGCGGCGAAAUGCGACUCGAGAUCGUCAAUCUUGUGCUUACAAAAGGAUUUCAAGCUUGACGUAGAUGUGCCGUCAAAGAUGACAGGCGAUCGACCGUUGGACGUGGCCGUGAACUUUGGCGCGAGAGAUGCGACGAAGUUGUUACUUUCCUUGGGCGCCGACGUGAACGCGAUAAAUCCGAUCACGCACGAGACGGCUUUGAUGCACGCGGCAAAAUCUGGUCAGCUCGGAUGUUUAGGGCUCUUAUUGCGUCAGCCACAUUCUGCAAAAACUAAGCUCGUGAACGUAAACGGUGAUACUGCGUUGACACUCGCUGCUACUCAUGGUCGUUUAGAUUGCGUGAACGCUCUGAUUGAGAAGCUCGAAGAGGCCAACGAGGUCUUGCACGAAACGAAGAAUGGGGACACGGCGUUGACGCUUGCAAUUGAAAAUGGUCACGAGAAGGUCGUUUCGAGUUUGUGCUUGGAUGGCAAGGCGCGAAUCGAGUACGAAUCGAAUUCGGGGAAGACUGCGUUGAUCGCGGCGGUGUCUGCGGAUCGCCCCGAAAUGAUUCGAUUACUCGCAUCACUUUCCUCGAAGCAAAAGAAACAAGGCAGUGCGAAUGAAGCUUCUCUCGAUUGCGUAGAUUACGAAACGACGCGAAACGCACCGGAAUUCGUCAAAGCAUUGCAUUAUGCCUCUUUGAUGCAUCGUCGUAACGCGUGCAUUGAAGCGCUCGUAGCUGUUGGUGCCAACGUGGACGGUGAACUAUCGAGCGACUUCUCUGCUAAAUAUGGCAACUACACGCCGUUGAUGUGCGCUGUGUUAACAGACAAUGUCUUGGCAAUAUAUCAGCUCACCAAACUGGGCGCCAGCAUCAAUCACGAAAAUGCCGCGGGUUUAUCGCCGUUGAUGUUAGCGUGUGAAAAUCGUAAUGAAGGCGUAUACUUUGCUUUGCUAAAAAAAGGAGCGAAUCCUCGUUUUGAGACCCGCUUAGGUAAAAACGCACUCGUGGCGUCAUUCGCGCCCGACAACAGCGAAAUGUUAGAACUCAUUUACCACUCGCUCGGUUCCGUGCGAGAUGAAGAGUCCAUCAUUACCGGUGCUACACCUUUGAUUCACGCGUUGAAUUCUCCGUACUGCAUGGAAGCGGUUCCGACACUCUUACGUCUCGGCGAAAACAUUGAGCACGAGACACGAGACAGCCGCACGGCUCUCAUCGCUGCUGCCUUAUCCGGUGUCACUGAUCGCGUCGCUUUAUGCUUACGAAACGGUGCAAAAGCGAAUCAAGAAACGCGUACAGGCGCAACUGCUAUGUCUGCGGUGAUUAAAAAGCUUGGUAUGCCUAUUCAAAUGGCUACAGAGGAGUCCUACCAAGACGAUAUCAACGGCGAGAAUGUCUUGAAAUUUCUACUUACCAACGCCAUCGAUAAAGCGAACGUGAAUCACGAGAACAAGAACGGUGUAACUCUGUCUAUGUUUGCCGCGCGCGCAUUUUCGAAUAAUCCUCGAGUUCUCGCGUUACUCCUCGAUCACGGAGCGGACAAAAACGUCGAAAGUUCGAAAGGGUCGACGCUUUUGCUGGAUGCGCUUCAGUUUGGCUGCGACGAUGCGGUGGAUUUGUUGAUUGUCGAAGGUGUUGAUGUAAAUUACGAAACUCGCAAAAAUACCGCGGAAGUGUUGACGCCAUUAAUUUUAGCCGCCAAGCGUGGUUCCGUGUUUCAAAUCGAGCAACUCUUAGCGGCUGGAGCUGACAUUAAUUACGAGACAAAGGCUGGAGAAACUGCGCUCAUGGCGGCGGUUUCAGCAUCACGAGCCGACCACGUGUCCGCGUUGAUGUCCAUCGGUAAUGCAGAUGCGAAUUACGAAGUUAAACAUGGAAAGACGAAAGGUGAUACCGCUAUUGUUCUAGCUGGUCGUUUAGGUCACAAGGAUGUCAUUCAGCGUUUGAUUUCUUCUCACAACGUCGAUCCGUCGCGAGGCUUGAGCGAUAAGACGACGCCGCUUAUCCGCGCGGUGGUUGAUGAGGAUGCCGACGCGGUGAAGCACAUGCUUCUUGCCGGUGUCCCUAUCAACGUCGAAAGCGCCGAAGGUUACACACCUCUCGUUGAAGCUGCGAAGAAGCCGUCUCGGAUGCGCUGCUUGGAGGCUUUGUGUGACUUCGACGCGUCCAUCGUCGAUUUUGAAACGAGUCGAGGCUUUUCAGCUCUACACGAGGCGUGUAAAGUCGGUAACGAAGAAGCUGUACUCGCCAUGUGCUUGAAAUACGGUGCCAAUUCGAACAGAGAGAGUGCUCGAGACGCGACAACACCGUUGAUGACGGCUGCAGAAUACGGCCAAGUUACCGUUGUGGAAACGUUAAUCAAGAAGUGCUCUGCAGAUGUCAAUCGAGAAACAGUCGCAUCGAAACACACGGUAUUUACGCAUUGCGCCUUCAGAGGUAAAACAUCUGCAUUUUCUGCGUUGGUUUCCAACGGUGCGCUCGUCGACAGAGAAACACAAGAUGGACGCACUGCUAUUUUGUACGCCAUAGCGAGAGAUGACGCGAAGACGGUCGAAGCGCUUGUGAAAGUUGCCGGCGCAGACGUCGAGUUUGAUUCCUCCUUGGGCGUUACGCCACUCGCCGGCGCGGCGACGGCGAAUAAACCGAAAUGCGUCGAAAUGUUGUUGAGUCUUGGCGCUAAGCCGUUGAAAUCGUCCAGGUCGAACAAGGUUCCCGUUUUACAAGCCUGUUUGAUGGGUUCGAUUGAAGCUAUGAAAGCUUUACCGUCCGGCGCGGGGUUUUGGGACUCAGAUCCUCUCGGUAACGGCGAGACGCCGUUAUUCUGUGCCGCGCAAAAAGGAAAAGAUGUCGCAAAAGUUGCCAUCGCGUGUGGAGCGACCAUUUCGUACGAGCCAAAGAGUACGAAACGGACGGCACUCGCUAUGGCUGGGACUAUUACGAAACGAUCGCGAGCUUUUGACGCCUUAGUCGCUUUGGGUGGCGUCGCGACGAGCGUUUGCGGAAGUGGCGAAACGGCUUUGGAUGUUGCGUUUGCGAACAACUGCGAUUGGUGCGCGCCAAAUAUUCUAGUCUACACGGCGAGUGCAAGCGACCCGAGCGGUGACGUCAAUUACGUUUCAACGAUGUCAAAUGAGACGGGGUUGAUGUACUGCUGCCGUCGCGGCCUAGUAGAUGGUGCGAAAGCUUUAAUCAAACUUCCCGGUAUUGAUGUGGACUACUCCGCGGCGAAAACUUCACACAGAACGGCGUUAAUAGCGGCGUGCGAUAGAGUUGAGAAGUCGUCUCUCGCGAACGUCGUCGGUGGUGACAUCGAAAAUGCCUUGCAAAUAAUCGAUGUUCUCGUCAACGACGCGCGAGCGGACGUCGACUUUGAAACCGAAACCGGUGAAACAGCGCUCAUCGUUGCCGCGAUGAAUAACAACGACAACAUCAUCCGCAAACUCGUCGACGUUGGCGCAAACGUGAAUCGAGAAAACAAGUUUGGUAUUUCUGCGUUUUCGGCGUCAAUUGAAGCUUCUGCAGAUGCCGCCGGCGCUUUACUCGUUGAACUCGGCGCCGACGCGCAUGCCGGUGAUAAGAUCAGUCACGAUACGCCGUUAAUACGAGCCGUUCGUAUUGGCGACGUCGACGCGGCGAACUACAUCUUGGUGAAAACCAAGGCUGAUCCGAACGUAGAAACGGAAGUCAGCGGCGAAAUCGCAUUACUCGUUGCGUGUAGAAAUGUCGACGUAUCCAUGGUGAAACUGUUACUCAACUCAGGUGCCGAUGCGAGCCAAAAAAGCUCCGUGACUCGUCUUUCACCUCUGGAAGCGCUGUGUACUUCGAGCUCUUCGACGGAGAAAGCUGACGACAUGAAGAAUAUCGUAAACAUGCUUCUCGCGACUGAAAUUGUUGAUCCAAGUGCCAUCGAUAAAGUGACGCUCGAAACACCGUUGAUGGUUGCGGCCAAACAUGGCGACGCACUUGGCGUCGAAUGUCUCAUCAAACACGCGAAAGUCGACGUGAACGACGAGCGCACCGGUCGCACGGCAUUGAUCAGAGCGUGCGGGUGUGGUGACGUCGCCGCGCCGGCUGUUGAAAAGCUUUUACAGUUGGGCGCGGACGCGACAUUAGACGUGACGCUCGAAGAAGGGAAGACUACUCAAGUCGAGAAAAUCGGUGACACCGCGGUGCACUCCGCGGUUCGAUCGAAAUCUAACGCGAAGAUUUUCAUCGCGCUCGCUUCUCUCGGCCAAAACGUCCUCAACGUUGAAUCUUCCGAUCAAGACGGCUUGACGCCUUUACAACUCGCCGCGUCUUUGAAUAGAAACGAUGCCAUGUCGCAUCUCAUCGCGGCCCAUACAAAAGUCGACGCCGAAUCUCGAAUCAACGAGCACACGGCGCUGACGUAUUGCGCGGACACGGACAACGCGACUGCCAUGAUACAUUUGGUUAAAAAAUGCGGCGCCUCGGUCGAUAACGAAACUUCCGCGCACGAGACGGCGUUGACGGUUGCGUUGAAAUCUGAAAAAUGGCGAAAAGUAACGGACGCGUUGAUGAAUAACCUCAACGCGAGCGCGACUUUGGAAACAUCCGUUGGGGAUUCCGCGGUUUCCGUCGCGUUCGACUCCGACGACGAAGAUAAAAUUUUAAAAGUCCUGCGCGACGGGAAAGUUGACGUGAACAAGUAUCCGUUCACGACUGCGGGAGAGACCAUGUUCGGCAUGUGCGCCAGACGAAACUGCGCUCAAGCCAUCUCGACGAUUUCUAAAUUCAAAGACACAGAAUUUACGAACAUUGACCUAAACUUAACUGAUGCUACGUCUGGGAACACGGCGCUUUGCCUCGCCGCGGCUUUAGGCCACAGCGAGGUUGCGCGAGCCUUGAUUCUCGACGCAGGCGCGGACGCUUCGUACGCUCCGAGUGAAAACGGCAAAGUCGAUCCGCUCUGCGACGCGUGCGCGGCGUGCCCAAUUGACAAGUUACUCGCGACGAUUAAAGUUUUGAUUGAGAUUGGUAAAGUAAACGGAUCGUUGUCCAAAACUGAAGCCGGAUGGACUCCGUUGAUGCUCUUGGCGGAUCGUCCAAAUGAUUUUGAAGGCGUGGACGAGAACGUCGCGAGCGCCAUCAUUGAUUACUUGGUUGACCAAGGCCAGUGCGAUCCGACGAAAGUGUUUGACGAUAAUGGCGCACCCAGCGGGUACCACGCGUUUUCUUGGAGUCAACUUCGAAAGAAUCUCGUCGUUAGAGAUGCGUUAUCCAAAUACUAUCGCGAAGGCGGCGGUACCGAAAGGAAAGAGAAGACCUCCGUCGGGGCGAAAAAUAACGUCUCGGAUAUCACCGCUUUGCGUAAUUUUUUCAACGCCAUCGCGAAGGACGAUUCCGAAACCGUCGAUGGUUUAUUGGCGGUAGGGACCGUUCGCGACGCGAGCGUUUCUUUAGUUCUCGACGACGACGACGGAUCGAGUGAACGAGUGAAGGCUAUUUUACACGCCGUUCGAUCUGGAGCGAAUAAGUCCAUCAAAGUUUUGGCCAAGCACAAGUGCAAUCUCGACGGAGACGGCGCGACGAUUCCGAUCGUCGAAGCGACGUUUCUAGGUAAACUCGACGUCGUCAAAACGUUGGCAUCAGUUGGUGCGAACGUGGAUUUGUGCUCAAAAACGCACGAAGGCGCGAACGCGUGCUCCAUGGCUGCCUUAAUCGAUCGAGACGACAUUUUGCGUCUCUUGUGCCAAGACUUCAAAGCAACUUUGAACGCUGCGAACUGCGAGAGUAGUUUCGACACGUGCACGUUUCAAACUUCUGCAGACCGAUUACAAUUAUCACCGUUGAUGUAUGUCGCCACGCGCGAUAAAGGUGCGGCCAGUCGUAGACACGCGUUGGAAUGUCUCGUGAACAGAGGCGCCGCUGCCGAUUUUGAAGCGCCGGAAUCCGGCGAAACCGCGUGCACGCUCUUGGCGAGAUUGAACAGAUCGGAGGUCAUAUGCGAACUCGCCGUGGUUUCUAAAAUCAACGCCAACCGUGAAUCGACGUUGUUAGCCUUUACCCCGUUGAUUGCAGCGGCGGAAAACAACUGCGAAGACGCCGUACGAAUUAUUUUGGAACACUUGAACGCGUCUCUCCAUCUCGAAAACUCGCGAGGCGACACGGCGAUUCUCGCCGCCUGCCGAAACGGAUCCGUCGGAGCAUUGAAAGUGUUGUUGGAACAUGCCGCGCAAAAGUCAAGCGACGAUAUCUUUUCCGUCGACGAUCGAGGCAAAAUCUUACUCAACAACUCCUACGGCGUGCACCCGAUCAUCGCCGCCUCUAUGGGCGCGAGCAAAACUUCCAAAAACGCCUUUGAAGGCGUCUUGGACGUCUUGAAACGUAACGAGAAAAUAUUCGCGUUCGACCCAAACUGCGAAGCGUUCAACGGGCAAACCGCGUUGACCACUCUAUUCGUGGACAACCAACCUCAACCAGGCGACGAUCACGCAAUCAACGAACUGCGAAAGAAAGCUAAAGUGCUUCUCCGCUUCUCGGCCGACGCGUCUCACGAAAACGCAUUCGGUAAAACCUCCCUCGACGUCGUCGUCGAAAACGACGACUUUGUCGGUGCCGACAUCCUUCUCACCGACUUGCACGUGCAACCGAAUCGAGAGAGCACGAAAACUGGAUACACCGCCUUGAUGCUCUGUUCAGAGUUUGCUUCUUUAAAAUGUUGCGAAACGUUGUGCCGAAAAGGCGCAGACGUCGCCCAACUUUCCGUCAUGCUCGAAUGCGACGCCAUGGAUAUCGCGCACCACAGAAAACACGCGGAGGUUAAGCAGUGUUUACUCGGAUUUGGCGCCGUUCCAAUCGCAGAUGAUGAUUAA